AUGCUCUCUACCAGGCUAGUGCGAAGGAUGAGGAUGAACUGGCGGUGUUCAUACAGAAGCAGCAGCAGCAGCAGCAGCAACAACACCCAACCCGAUCCAGCAUUGGUACUGGGUAGAGAUCUCCAUGAACAAUUCUGCAUGGCCGCAGGCGAGCCUCAGUCCCAUCCAUGGCCGGUUGAAUCAGACAUAAAGUACUAUUCUUCGCCAGACAUUUUCCGGCGUGCCGGUUUCCUCAAAGAGGUGGAGCUGAGAACAGACCCACUCAAGAAUUUCAUAGGUUCUCAAUUCCCUCUCCUGGUGGCUGAGCGAAUGCAAGUCAUAUGUGGUCUUACCACUCUUCCUUCCAGCAUGACAGGGUACCAGCGACUAGUGAAAAAAAACGAUCUGGGCCUCCAGAAAAGCGUAGAUGAUCCACCUUGUAGCAUCACCAAUGAAUACUCUUCAGAUCAUUUCCGGUCGUUGGGAAGACGCAUAUAUGAAGUUCAACUUAGACUCAUUGUAUUCGAUUCAAACUAUCUUUCCAUGGCAGCAGAGGAUAUCGAAAAUAAUUUUGCCCUAUUUGCAGAUCCUCAUUCUACCAUCAUACCGUUUAUGAAGCGGAACACCAUCUAUGAUUGCAUUUUACCCUUUAAAGGUACUAGUGAUGGGAAGUAUCUAGACCGGGAAGAACGUAAAGUCAAGCAGGGUAUCAUUAGGGAUACCACUGCUAUAGCCAGUUUCUAUACCUUGUUGGGCAUGCUAUGUCUCAAGUUUGGAACUUCCAAAGUGGCAGAGCCUUUCAUUAGAGAUAAAAUAAUCCUUGGUUCAAAUGGUAUAGUUAAUUCACUCGCUGAGUCCAUGUCACGAACCAGAUCCCUCUAA